CGCGCGAAAACCGUCCGAGCCUUGUUUAGAUGUAGAUCAGCUGGGACAAUAACAACAAUAACAGCCGAUAACGGGGACGGAACGGCGUUUUUAUAAAUGGACCUCGCCCGGUGAGACUCACGGACGGACCAGCUGCUGCUGUUUUACCGGACUCGCGUGUAUUUAACCGCUUUAUUUCCUCAUAUUUCCAGUUUUGUCAGACAGCUUCCUGCGUGCCCCAACAAAACGAGGGGGUUGAAGAAUUGCGGCUAAUAACUCAGCUAGCAUGCUAACCUGCCCUAUAUAUUCAUAUCCAACGUUACCGCAGUGUACUCCGCUUAACUAGCUGUCGCUGUGUUACAUGUACUCUCAGCAGAGCCUCAGAGUUGUGGUGAUGUAUUUUACAGUGUCGAUAUUUUAUCUCGAUAGCUCACUCCUGGAAUGCUGCUAUAAAGUUUUAAUAUCUAUAUAACUAAGCCCCGUCUCAUGUGUAAGCGUAGAUAAUAUUGUUUUACAGACUUCCAUAGCUAGUUUGUCGGCUGCAGCGGGUUGUUUGUGAACUUGUGUCAGUCUUUGUUGUCAGGACAUUAGCUAGCUCGUUAGCAGGGCUGGUAGCUGUGUGGAGGGCAGUGUGGCCAGGCCUCGCGGCUCUACUGUACUGACAGGAGAGAUGAAAACAAAAGAUUAGCUCGCUCCUUUGCUAGCUCGCUAACCCCCUGCGUGUACUGCGGCCACGGACAAUUUGCGACUCUGUCUUUGAUAACAUAUCAGCGGCUCACGGCGAGGAGUUGGUAUACAGUUAGCAACAUUAGUUAAUUUGCCAAAUUUCCUGUUUGGCAGAACAUCCUGUCUUGCUGUGUUGCCUCCAGCUUAAAUUAUCUCUCAGCUGUUAGCUUACUGUAUAUUUAAUCUAAAGUAACAUGGUUAGUGUUAAUGUAUUUCUAGCAGCUUGUUUGGAAGCAGUAAGAUGGACAUUUUAGAAAGGGGAACUUUUUAAAGAAAUGUUGAAGCUGCCUAUAAAUGCCUGCAAGCAAACUUUCAGAAGGUUUCAUCAUUGUUCCCUAAAUUCAAGUACAGCCAAACCAAGUGGGUGCUGAGACCCAAACUGCACCAUCUUAGCUUACAGCCCCCAAAGUCCAGUGAAGGGGUACCCAGUGACACACUGCCAUGUCAGAGACUCUGAUAACGGGCCAGACAUCGGAGGAUCUGUUGGCUGACUUUGAGACUUUGCUGAACUCUGGGAGUAUUGAGCUGGGAGAGGACCACCAGAUAGUGAUCAUCACCAGCCCCAGCAAUGAGGGACUCCACCCAGCCGCUGCACCCAGCAGCACGGGGGAAAUCCUGCUGUUUGCCACGCCACAGGGCCCCGUUGACGUGGGGAUCCAGGACAAGAGACGACCUGCUCUGGGAAGACCUCCGGUAAAGAGGAAGUUGGACCUGGACAGUGACCAUCAGUAUGUCAGCACCACUCGAUCGUCCAUAGGCCAAGCGCCACCCUCCACACCUGCCCCUCCCAGAGUUCCUCGAACCACGACAGAGAAGUCGCGGUAUGACACAUCCUUGAACCUGACCACCAAGCGCUUUCUGAACCUGCUGUCCCAGUCGGCUGACGGCGUGGUGGAUCUGAACUGGGCCUCGCAGGUCCUGGAUGUCCAGAAGAGACGCAUCUACGACAUAACCAACGUCCUGGAGGGAAUCCAGCUCAUCUCCAAGAAGUCAAAGAACAACAUCCAAUGGCUUGGUAAUCGAGUUGAUGCUGCGUUGGUUUCUCGCCAUAAGGAGCUGCAGAGGGAGGUGUGUGACCUCACAGAGGCUGAGGAGCAGCUGGACGAGCUCAUUUCCAAAUGCAACCUGCAGCUCCGACUGCUCACAGAGGACCCACAGAACAAGAAGUUGGGCUAUGUGCGCUGCCAGGACUUGCGGAAGUCAUUUGACUCCCCGGACCAGCUGGUCAUGGUGAUCAGAGCUCCACCAGAGACCCAGAUGCAAGUGUCAGAGCCCUGCAAGGGUUACCAGGUGUCGCUGAAGAGCACGCGGGGUCCAAUCGACGUCUUCCUCUGUCCAGAAGACAGCUCCGGCGUCUGCAGCCCCGUGACAGGAAGUAGUCCCUCCAAACCCAAUGCUGACCCCUCCCUGGCCCCACCUCCCACACAACCUACACAACCCACAGACCAAUCACAAGCCAGAACAUCCACAGCCACAGUAGAAGUGGGUUUAUCAUCUCCAGCAUCGACGUCAUCCACAGUGACGGCAGCCUCCCAGCAGGAGCCCUCAUCACUGGUGUUGGGUGGCGACACAGAAUCGCUCCUGGAAGGCGACCCAUUCUCCAGCCUCGGAGACAUGCCCGAUUUUGACCUCUCGCCCCUCUCCUCCUCGGACUUCCUGAGUGGAGAUGGCUUUUCUCUCCCAUUGGACGGUUUCAUCAAUCUGUCCCCCCCUCAAAGUCAUGAUUACCACUUCGGACUGGAGGACCAUGAAGGCAUCAGUGAACUGUUUGACUGUGACUUUGGUGACCUAUCGCAAGUGUUGGGGGACAGUUAGAUGAAGAAGACGAGGAGCAUGUGAGCUUCAUGAUGUAGGACUUUUCCUCUGUUCCCUGGGGCUUUUAAAAGAGGGCUGGAAAUUAACAUUUUAUGGGCAACUCUUUAAAAAAAAACAAAAAACCCAAACUUAAUGUUUCAAUUUUGCGGUGUGGGAAAAUGUUUUGUGUAGUAAUUGCCUGUGAUCCCCAAAACUACAAAAUCUCAGUCCCCAAAAUUGUACAGCACAUUAUUGGCACUUCUCUCUGGCCAUUUAAAUUUUAGACCAAGACUUUAGCUUUAGUAUAGCUAUUUAAAUUAUUUAUAUGAAUGCUAUUUUAAUAUUUUGUAUCAAGCGUGGUUCUUGUUGUUAUUGAUUAUGUUUUAUCCAAGUGGAUUGUGCAGGUGUUUGUGGGCGGAGUAUGGACUCAUAGGGCUGGUUUCCUUAACCCCGAUUAUCCGACAUGCUACGAGUCAUUGGGCUGGUUUUUAGACGUGUCAGUCUGAAGUGUUUUCUUCAAAGAGGAGACGUUUACAUCCCUCAGCUGAAGCUGCUUCAGUGGAACCAGCAGCGUAGAUUCAGUGCUGGGCUGGUCAGAAGCGUCUCGGAGCUAUGGUGCAGUUUCACACUCUCAAUAUGUUUUUCCACAGUGAUAGAGGUCGUUAUAAGCACAAAAGAAAAGGCUUCUCUCCUCUUAAUUAGUUUUAUCUGAAACACUGGAAUCCUGACAGACUAGUGUCUGACAGUAACACUUAAAAUGUAUCAUUGCCCCAACUUAAUGAUUAGAUUUGCACACGUUCAGUCUCUUACAGUGAGUUAAGAGUUUGUAAAGAGAAAAAAAAAAAAAGGUCCGAUUUGAAUCACCCUUCAAACCCACUGACCAAGAGAUGGGCUCUCUCUACGAGGUAGUAUGUAUUUAUAUAAAGAACACAAAUAAGAAUUGUGAUGCUUUUGGGAGCUUGACCCUCAUCUUUCCUCAAAUAAAUGGUAACAAAGAGUUACCGUGACAUUUUGAAUAUUCAUAGUUUUUCUUCAAAAAACACAUUUACUUUGGCCGUCUGGACUAAAGUCUGCUGUCACUGAAUUGUUUCCCAAAAAGCAUUUUAGAGAGUGUAGGGCUACGUUCAGACAUCAGCCUGUCUCCAUGGGUUGCUGUGGUAGUGAUUAAGGGCUCAUUUAUACUUCCUUUACAUAUGGAAAUAGGUACAUCCGUUUCAAAUGUUGUAAAUGCCUCUGCCCUCACACUUUGUGUCCUUUAUGUCGGCAUAUAUACAGCCAAUAGAUGGCACUAGAGGGCAGAGUCAAAAGUUUCACACAACAACAAACGAGACGACGGUGGAAGAGGUUGUAAUAUUGUUCCUUUAAAUGGAGACAGCCUUGUAGACGGCAGUGGUCUGUGGGGCCAUUAUAUACAUCCCUAAAUGUGGACAAAGAAUUCAUUUCAGUGUACUACAGAUUAUUCCUUUCCGCCAUUAUUUAAAUUUCUUUAUCAUCUCCCACAGUCGUAUCUCACUUGAAAUAUGCCACACUGCCGCCAAGGUCUCCGGUGGUACUGCUGCGUUUCGUCCGUAUCUUUCAGAUGAACGCAGAGUAUGGACAGAAGUCUCCAUCUCAGUUUCCAAUAUUGAGCAUAAAUGAGCUCUCAGGCGACACUAACUAUGUAGCAACCCUGGUGAGCUGGCUUUCCAACGCAGAAACAUGAGAAAUGAAGUCCCAACAUUUAGCCCUCCAGACAGUUUAUCGUGGUGUCUGUCCAUGGACUGUUCCUCAAGUUGUCCUCUUUAGUGAUGUGCUAGUAGCAGCAUGGAUCUGCUCUGCUGGUGUGCAGGAAACCAGGUGAUGGUGGUCUGCUGCAGUUGUUAGAUAUUUAAAAAACUAAUACUGAAUAAGUUCUCUAUUAGUUAGCUAGGCGUUUAGCCAUAGACUCAGGUGUUUGGAGCAAAGCAAGGUCUUAAAUGUUUUCGAUGCAAACAUGAAUGAGAGUGUAACUGUUUUAGAUGCAUUUCGUGGGUGUUGUGUAGGUCGAUGAUAGGUUUUUACAGGUUUAGAAAAUGCUUGAAGACAAGUGCAUGUUUUUUAUUUUUCUUUCAACUUUUUCAGCCAAGAGUUCAAGUGAGAAAAGUUCACCAGAUGCCUGUAGACUGUUGCUCCCGAAACCACCCGACUGUUGUCAUGCGAUGAGCCCCCAGCAGGUUCACAGCCCUGAUACCCAGCUAGAGAAGUUGAGUAGAUCCUCAAAGAUCGUACACUCUUGUUUUCUAAAAGCAUUCAGUGUGUUUUUUUUUAUACAAUGUAUGAAUUAAAACUGCGUCUUUGCUUUUACCAGCCUAAUCAGUGUAGAGCAGUGUUGACUUCAGGAAGGGUUAAGUGGAGGUGAUUGGCUCUUGAUAGGAAUCCAGAACAGGGACAUGCUGUUAUUGUUCAGUGUAUGCACUUCAGAUCAGUUCAGAAAGUUAAUGUACAUGCCUUAAAUCAAUGACCUCGACCAUGUAAAUAGAGGUGAUACCCAGGAUAUCUUAUCUCAGCCCGAAAAGAUCAAUUCCUUCUUGUUUUCUACGACAGUCACAUCAGGCUCCGUCUCCACAUACUACUACAUGCCUUGGUUCUUAAGAAACCACAUUGAUUUUCAGUCGAAAUAAACAGCAAUAACAAAGACGUUUUUACAUCAUGAACUCAGAGUAUGAGGUGAAAAACUGUCCUGCUAUGUGUGUCAUGUAUUGUUGUAGUUAGAAAUGUCUGCGUUAAACUUUUUUUCUCGUUUUAAGUUAAGUAAGCUAACAUGUUUUUUUGCAUUCCUGAAGUAUUGGGUUUUAAUGUGUGUGUGGGGGUGCAUGUGUGUUGAAAGUACAAAUUGUUUUGUUGAAUUUCAUAUUUAUUUUUAAAAGGGGGGGUUUAAUAGAAAAAAGGUACAAAAUUUGUUGUUCAUUUUCUGGCAGGAAACAAUUUUACACCAACAAUUCUAGUUAAAUCCAAGCAAAACAUAAAUUGACAGAUGUGUAUUUUAGUGGUAAAAGGAGGGUUUUGUUUGUAAAUUAGCUUCUCAUUAGUAGCACAUUUAUAUUUUGCCAUAUUUUCUCCCUCAGAGAGAAUUUAUUUCCUUGUCUUACCUGUUAUUGUGCAUGUGCAACCUUUGCAUUGGCUAAUGAUGCAACCCAAAAAAAAAACAAAAUCAAGAAAAAAAUAUUCAGGAAUACAGUUUGUCAUUUUGAACUGAUUGAUGUGUAAAUUUUCAUAUCUUCUUUAGUCGCAACCUUCCCUGUCACAUCAGUUUAGAUUACAGAAAUCUUCAUGUUGCAGGCAACAUGGCUGAUCUAAGGUUGUACAUGUAUAGUGUCGCCUUUGGGUGCCUCAAACUGUCAUGUGAAUGUGUGUAAAAAACCCUAUAACUACAGUCAUCUUUUAUUUCCUUUAUCUUCAGGUCUGUAGAAACCAUCAAAUCAGUGUAUAAUUUCAACAUUUCUAAAAAAAAAUGUUCAACUGACAGCGGUGUUACAAGCCACUAAAAUGUUAGGCACCGUUUGUAACCCUUAGAAUGUAUCAUAUUUUUCGUCUUUCUCUGCGUUUAAUUUUUCUCGACAGCUGAACUGAUGGACAUUGUUGCUGAAUGUCAGCAGUUCAUGUUGUCAGCCUGUCACGUUGCAACACGUUUUGGUUCCCUGCAGGACAAAUGCAGUGCCUUCUUGGGGUAAAAAUCUUAAUUGUUGAUGAAUAUUCAGAUCAGGAUUUCGUUUUGUGUGCGGCCGUGGUGAAAGAAUGCAAUGUUUUCAGGUGUUUUGUGUGGUUUUUGUGGAGUUUUGUUUGAAAAAGUUCAAGAUAGGAUUUGCACCAGGGUUGAAAUCAAAUCACCUUCAGUUAAAACUUAAAAAAAAAAUGGGAAUCCAUAGUGAAAUGUGCCAUUUGAUCUGAGCUAUUUAGCACUAUUAAUAUUUAUAAGGUGUUCAUUUUUAUACAAAGGUGACUUUUGUGUUGUGUUGAAGUCACUAUUGGAAUCUGCUGACAAAUGCUCUUAAAUUUCUGUGGUUCAACAGAAUGAAAGUGAAUUGACUCCAACCCUGAUUCAGUCGCUGUUCAAAGUGCUUUUUAAGGGAAACUGUAGCGUACCCAGCAACUCAACAAUCAAUCAAUUUUUUUUUUUUUUUUUUUUACAAAUUUUAUUUUUGUUGCUACAUACUGGGUAAAAAAAAUAAUAAAAAAAUACAGAUUUCUACAUGUGAAUUAUUAACGGGCCCCAAUAUGCCCUUUUGUAUCAAAACUUCCUUUGACAAAAAUAAAAAAAUUAAUGAUUUCCAU